AUGGCCAUGGCUGGUCCAGCUUGCAGAUUUCUCUCGUGUUUUUUGUGUUUUGUAGCAUGUCUUCUCGUUAUGGAGUCUGCUUUGUCUGCCCAUUCAUGGUGCACCCCACAUCCGAACCCGAAGGGAGAAGUGGAGUUUAAGCAGAAGACAGAUAAGUUCUGGGAGUACCAGGAGCAGAGCAAUACCUGGGUGGAAAUAAGCAUGCCUUUCAAUCUCAUGUCCUGCAUCAACGGCACCUGCACAAAGGUAGGCUCGAUCAAGCAACCAGAAAGCAAACAUGGCCGUGCUUCCGUCUCGAGUCAAGAGAAGGAUACUGAUCCCGUCCUGACCAUAAGGAAAAGAAUCUCCUUGGCAAGGAUGUCAGAGUCGUCCGUGUGGGUGACAGGCCAAAGUGGAUCAAUCUAUGAGAGGUUCUGGAACGGGGUCAUGUGGGUGAUUGCUCCUCAUGAGCUUCCAACAGCGGCUGGGUAUGCAACAGCAACUUUCAUCGUCAACACAACCAUCCUUGCUCUGUCCGAGGCUGGAAUCCUCUACCAGCUACAGCUAAAUGAACAUGCCCAGCCUAUCUGGACUGAGAUGACAUUCAGCUAUGAACAACAUUUCACAAACCUUGGAGAGAAGACACAAAGUCAAGCUACACACAUAAAAAAUGGGGUCGUAUCACAUAAUGGAAGGAAACUUUUCCUUUCUAUCACGAAUGGGUCCCUAAUUGAGGUCACAGAACUUCAGCCUCUAAGGUGGAAUUGCCAUGGGCGUCCCCCAGGAGCAGAUGUAUCAUAUAUAUCUGAUGCUGAAAAUGCAAGACCAGGGACCGUGUUCACAGUAAGUUCUACUGGAGACCUAUAUGAAUUUGAUAAGGAAACGAAGCCAUCAUGGAAAAAGCAUAUAUGGAGUGAACAAACAACCAAAAAUGUCUCGCUGAGCUCAUCUGUUGGGUGUGCUUUGCAUGGUCUCUUAGGCUCUAAUUCAGUAUCACUCUUUCUGAUAACCAAGGAUGGUCUUUUAGUGGAGCGGCGCUUGCAUAGAAGAAAGUGGAAGUGGGAUAAACAUGGAGCACCUAAGGGUCAAAGACUAAGUUCAAUUACAGAAGUUCAACAGGAUGAAUCUAAUGAUGCGACUUCAAUGUUUUUUACAACAACCACAGGAAAAGUAUUUGAGUAUCAGUUUACAAAAUAUACAGGUGGGGCUUCAAGCAAUAAGAUUAGAGGACUAUGGGUAAAUCACAUGUCUCCUGACCAUGCAAAAGUAGCAGCAAGUGUUCGAGGUCUACAGAUUCAAGUUGGCAGAUUGAUAUUCCAGCUAGAUGAUGGUAGGCUUGGAGAGCUACAUUUACCUGGCAUGGGAGGUGAUCAUUUUGGUCCAAGUCAACAAAAUAGCAUAAGAAGGAAACUGCCAAACAAGUAUGAGUGGUCUAUCCUAGAUACACCAGAAACAGAAGGUUGGAAUGCAGAAUAUUGCACUGAAGAGCAUGGCCCUACAAACUGUAUUACUGGAGCGAUGAAUGUAGCUGCAGAUACGGAACCAACCAACCUGAGCAAUGCCCCACCUAGAAGGCGUAAAGCAGAAGAGAAGCAACACUACCUUCAUGGUCAUAGUCAUGAGAGUGAUGAAACUGAAUCAUACAACAUUCUAUCACGAAGCAUUUAUCUUAACUUCCAUAUGCGGGUGAUGCAUGCAGAUAGAUCACUUUUCCUCAUAACAGAUAACGGAUUAACUUUGGAAUAUCUAAACAGCAAUGGUGUUUGGCUAUGGCUAAGACAUGAACACAUUACAGGCAUGAAGGGUACACUAGGAAGCUAUAAUGGCAGCUUGUAUCUUGUUGAUCUUCAUGGGAACUUACAUAUUAGAGAAAGAAAUGGUGACGAACUCUUAUGGAUUAAUUGCACAGCAAUGAGGAAGGGAAGACAGGUUGCAAGUGGGCCUCCAUGGGAUGGCAUCCCUGGGUUAUCACGCAGAGUGACAACAGAUGAUGCACUUUUCUUUGUUAACAAGAGAGGCAGAUUGCUACAAUUCACGGUGGCAUUGCGUAAAUUCAAGUGGAAGGACUGCCACAGCCCUCCGGAUACCAAGGUUGCAUUCAUCGUGGAUCAGGAGGUGUUUAGAAGAAAUAUCAUCUUCGUGGUCGGCCGGAACGGUCGGAUGUACCAGUAUAACAGAAUUACAGAGCUAUGGCACAGGCACUACCAAUCACCUCACCUCGUCCUGUCAAGAUCCCCUGGGACAGCGAUGAGGCCGUCCCCUCUCUCCCUCACCGGCUCCAUCUUCAUGAUUUCCGAGCAUGGGGGCCUCGUGGAGUACCAUUUCAGCCCGCAGGACGGGUGGGAGUGGGUAGAGCACGGGACGCCCCACCGGGACGUCACCCUCGUGGUCGCCCCAGGGCCGUGCUUCGACGGCACCCAGUUGUUCGUCAUCGGGUCCGACGGACACGUCUACCUGCGGCACCUGGACGAGCGAACGUGGAGGUGGACGAGCCACGGGCACCCGUCGGAACCAUCCAGCACGACGACGGACGUCGCCGGCGGCGGCGAGCAGAGCUGCGCCACGCUGGGCGCCGCGGACGCGCACUACGCGAGCAGCUUCAGGGGGAGCUGCGACGAAAAGGUGGCGGCUGUGCGGCCGGUGCCGUUCUCCAAGGACGCGGUGGUCUUCGAACUGCGCGACGGCCGGUUGGCGGAGCUGCGGCGUGCGGCGGAGGGUCGAGGCGGGUGGGAGUGGGCGCGGAUCAUCGGCACGCCCGCCAGCGCCUGCAUGACAAGCUACUGGACGGCCGUCGCCACGUAGCCGGCGCCGCCGGUGGGAAGGAAGCGGGCGGAAGCGCGGAGCUGGAACUCUAUUUGAACGGCAUACGCGCAAGAUACGAGUUGAAUGCUCACUAGUUUACCAGUACCUGAUUAGUCGUGGCUAACGCAGGACAAGCUAGCUAUGUACACCUUGUUAAAAAAAACAGAGGCUACCUAUGUAGGGGCUGUUCGGACUCUCUCAACUCCACGCUGGAGCGGAGCAGGAUCUAGUUUUAGUUUGUGGAGUGGCUGAAAGGGCGCUCCGCUUCGUAGCGAUUUGCCGAACAGGGCCUAGUACAAAACACACUAGUUUGUGAUCAAGUUUUCUCAUGCAUCUCUAGCGGAUCCUGUAAACCGGGCCAUCCGACCAAGUAACCGUUGAUUUACGGGAUGGAGGCUACUUUGCCGGCCAGAACAGAUCCAAUAUAUAUGUCCAAAUUUGUUUUUGA